UGAGGCCACCUCUCAGUUUCGAUUCGCUCGGCCCGCAAUCGAUAUCCAGUUUCACAAGAAGCAACGCGAGUCGAACCAAACUUUGUAUUUAUUUUUAAUACAAGAAAGAAAAACGCUGUGCCCACAUUUAGCUAAACUGUGUUUAACCGAGUUGCAUUAGUGAUAAACGCUAGUUAACAGUAGCUUUUAGUAGCGAAAUUGGAAGCCUGCGAACAAGGCAGCAAAGAAGCAGAGAGACAAACGCAACGCCCGUGCAGUGUGUUUGUGUGCGUGCCUGCGUGCGUGUGUGUGUGAGAGAGAGAAAGAGGAAAAGAAAUUUUUCCUCAUCUACUAACCAAAACAAACGCACAAGCACAAAUUGCAGUCAUGAACAACAAAGGAGUUAAUGGAUAUCCAACGUAUGACGCCGUACAGCAGGCCGCACAGCAGGCUGCAUAUCAGCAAUACAUGCAUAACAACCAGAUGCACGCACAUGCACAACUUCCGCCUUCGUACAACUCGGUGGUGACCAGUAUGACGCCAACCUACCCGCCAUAUCCGCCCGGAGUCGUGCCCCAGCCGUACUACGCCAACAGCUGGAGCGUGAACCCGUCCCCCCAGGCCCAGUUUGCCCCGCAGCCACCGCCGUACGCGAGUGCGCCGGCGGCCGUUGCCGCCAUCCCGGCGCAGUCGAUGCAUCCGCAGAUGUACCAGUACCAGAUUGCGGCCGCUCCACCGCCCCAGGCCCAGCCACCGCAGGUCUACCAGACGCCCGUCUAUCCGGUGCAGGUGAGCUGUUUUUGUUUUGAUAGAAAAUUUAAAAGAAAUAAAUGAAAAUGGACAAUUCACUAACCUUACUCUCCUC